AUAUUUAUAUUCCUACACAUAACAAUAUAAUACGUACAAUUGGUGACUUACGACGACAGCCGUAGAGUACAGACAUGGCGAACCAACCAAACUCGGCUGACUCAACAGCAAACAUAAACGUCAACCGUGUCGCAAUAAAAACGCCACCAUUUUGGAAAGGUGAUCCAAACAUUUGGUUUGCACAGAUAGAGGCACAAUUUGUACUUGGCGGAAUUAACAAUGAUACUACAAAAUUUUACCAUGUCAUAUCUGCCGUUGAUACCGAAAUAUUAACUCAAGUAUCUGACAUAAUACAAACACCACCGGUUAACAAUAAAUAUGACACGCUUAAGGCACGGUUAGUCAGUAUUUACACAGAUAGCGAAGAGAAAAAAUUAAGAAAACUACUGAGUGAAGUAGAACUUGGUGACAGAAAACCAUCUACAUUACUAAAUGAAAUGCAACGUCUAGGAGGAGUAGCUUUGAGUUCGGAAUUAUUGAAAUCCUUAUGGUUACAACAUCUUCCAAUCGCUAUGCAAUCCUGUCUCGCUGUCACAAGUGGCACUGUGGAAGAACUCUCAAAGUUGGCUGACAAAAUCGGAGAAAUUGGAGAAUCACGCGUUGUUGCAGCGGUAGCAAGUGAUCCGACAACUGAGCUAUUGAAACAGUUGAUCAAAGAUGUAGCAGAACUUAAGUUAGAACGCAAUUCUAGGAAAGAUCAAGAUCAACAGAGAACAAGUUCCAGGUCCAGAUCUCGCUCAGGUUUCAUGAUUUGGGGACCAGCAAAAGACGGAUUAUGUUUUUAUCACACCAAUUUUAAGCACAAGGCAAAAAAGUGUGUAGAACCAUGCAAACAUUAUAAUACCUUUAAAACUAAAUCGGAAAACUAGAAAUCGUAUCUACU